UCUAUAUACUCCAUUCUCUCUCUUAUUUACUACUCAUUCACUUCUCUCUCUAAUUUUGGCAUCGGAGGAGGUCACAGGAUUCCCCUGAUGACCUUUCUUGCAGGGUUUCGGAGAGCGCCCACCGUCUAUCGAAAGCCGCACGAGGCCCGUGAGGUCUCACAAAACCGCCUGGUACAAUCUAAACACAAACAUUUUGGCGCCCACCGUGGGGCCUCACAACUUCGUUGUGGAAAGGAUGGGAGACGAGUUCGAGACCCCUCUCAAAGGGAUGAUGGAGAACAACACCCUCCGAGGCCUCUCGCCGAGAUUCGAGGACGAAACAGAGCUAGAGGAGGUGGUCAAAAGUCAGGGGUUGCAAAUCGCGAGCAUGCAAGACAACCUCUCCCAAAUCCUCCAGCUCUUGAAGACGAUAGAAGACCUCGCCGAGGGUUCAAGAGGAAGGACGCGUGAUGAAAAGCAUAAGGCCGUCCACGUCCUUGAUAGCCAUGCUCAGACAGAAGGCGGAGGACCGGAGGCGGAAGACGUGGACCCCACCUUCCUUGAGGAACACCUGUGGUCGACCUACGGGAAGCUCAAAAGCCCGAACGUUCUCCAAAAUCCCCUAUCGAGGGAACUAUUCAAAACCCUGGUCCCACCUAACUUCUCCUCCCUAGGACUACCAACAUACAGCGGAACCUUAGUCCCGCCAACCAUCUUUGUGCGUUCAUGCUAAAGAUGCAGCUCAUUAACACGUCAGACUCAGAUUGUGUUGAGCGUUCCCGGUCACUUUUAGCGGUCAAUGCCGAAUGUGGUACACCUCCCUCCCGGAAGGGAUAAUCGAGAAUUUUGAGCAGUUCGAGAUGCUUUUCACCACGAAAUUUUCAUCCCAGCAACGUCGUAAGCUCACCGUCCCAGCCCUCAUAAAUUGCAGACAAAGGAAAGAGGAAUUGCUCACGGAAUUCUACGACUGGUGGAAUGCGAUUUCCUGUGAAAUACAAGGCAUCUCCUCGG